AUGGGAGGCACCAUGUACAACACAGGGCGCCACGUGUCACUGCGGCCAGACAAGGCUCACCUGGUGAACAUCUCCGGUGGACCUCUGGGUUACAGUCACCGGCUGGAGGAGAUCCGCCUGCACUUCGGCAGCGAGGACAGCCAGGGCUCGGAGCACCUGCUCAAUGGACAGACCUUCCCUGCAGAGGUGAGAGAGAACGAGCCAAUGAGCCGAGAGGGAUUAUCUUUAUCUUUGUUGUGUCUAUAAACAACCCAAUCCACUGCUUUCAUUUGACUAAGGGCUCAAUUCAAUCAAACUUGCAUUACAGUUAAGGCUUCACUGCUUUACACAGCCCUACCAAGGCUUGUUUGUGUGGAAGAUUUUCUCAAACAAUGGAUAAUGAUAAAAUAUGCUGAACUACCUCUAUCACUCAGUCCACUAAUCUCAUGUACAGGGCCUUUGAAGGGUGGGGUAGAAGAGCAACAGCAAUCUGCAUCCUAACAAUGUAAUUGAAGGCUGGACCGACAAGUGGCAGUGAGUUUUUAGUGGCAGUGGGUUUUUUUAGUGGAGGAGGGCGAUAUUAGAAUGACAAGAAAGUAAAAGCAGUAAACUUAUCAGGUGCCAUACGGAGUUUGUCUGUCACGAUUUAAAUGAGAAUUGGCUAACAUUUUCCAGUCCUUAAUCACCAUUUUUAAGUGAGGAAGAUCUGUUGCCAAAAGUAAGCGCCUGCCUAGAUAAUUAGAGCUGAAUCCUUUUCUAAAUUAGAAAACUACAGAGCAGAUAAGUGUCAAAGCAAAACAUUCCUGAAUUUCUUGAGUUUAUCUUCGAGUGCUGGUUGGAUGGAUAAAAUUAGUUUAAUCUGACAUAAUGCUUUCAUGUGCAAGACAAAAUCACUUUCUAUCUCACAUGGUCUAACACCAGGAAAUGAAGGGCUCACUGUGUUUAGUCUUUAUCUCGUCUCACUUACAGGUGCAACUUAUACACUACAACCAGGAACUCUAUGCCAACUACAGUGAGGCAGCCAAGAGCCCCAAUGGCAUAGCAAUUGUGUCCAUAUUCAUAAAGGUCAGUUUGUGCUUGAUGCAGACAAUCUCCUUCUCUGUGGUCUAUUGUAGUGACAGUGGUCUUUAUUCAGAAUUUCAUGGGACUGUGCUGCGUAUGCUGAAUAUUUUAUGUUCCUUUACAUCUCUUCCCUCUCAGAUAUCUGAGUCUCCAAAUGUAUUCCUGAAUCGCAUGUUGAACAGAGACACCAUCACGAGAAUAACAUACAAACGUAAGCAUCCUCAGCCAUUUAAGAUGUGUGGGUUAUGCACACACAUUGUCAAAUCUACAGUAGUCACAGAUGUCUGGCUAAAAGACUAGUAGGCAGUUCCAUUUCUGGAUCCGGCAUAAAAAGAAUAUCUAGCAACUGAAUUCAUUUGGCUAAUUGGAAGGUUGCCAGAGAUUGACUUAAUCAGAGAUUGAGUGAAAUUCAUUCCAACUACUGAAUGAAUCAGCUACAUUGCCAAUGUGAUCCUCCUGGUUCAAUAGAUAAGAUGUGUAACAAUAGAAACCGCCCCCAACCCUGAGAAAUGUUUGAUUCAUCUCCUGUUUGCAAUUUCAGAAUGCUCCAAGCUGAUCGAAAAUUGGCAUUCUUUAAAGACAACAAUUUUGUAACAUUGCUAUGGUUAUCAUUAACAGCCUCUACCCAAACUCUCUUUUCUUUCAGUUUGAUGCUCUUCAUUAAGUCUGGUUAAUUUAAUUUUUAUUAAUUUAAUUAAAUUAAACUAAUUACAUUAAAUAAAUCACUAAUCAUCCUUUUAUUUGUAUCCCAUUACUAUAAUAAUUGGGUGUUAUACUGUAUUACAAGUCCCUGCUGACCGGGGAGGUACUAUCAUUCUUCAAACCAGCUGCAGUCACCCCCUUACUGAAGAAACCCAACCUUGACCAGGACUUCCUAUCUAACUACAGACCCAUCUCCAACCUCUUCCUAUCAAAAGUACUGGAGAACGUGGAUGCAAACCAGCUUCAAUCCCAUCUGUCUUCCAAUCAGCUGAACAAAGUUUUCCAGUGUGGUUUCCGGUCCUUGCACAGAACCGAAACAGCCUAUGGUGAAAGUUACCAAUGACCUACUGAUAGCUGCAGAAUCUGGAUCAAGAGCCUCCUGCUCUUUUGACACUGCUGACCACAACAUCCUCCUGCAGCAUCUCAGAGAGCACACUGCAGUCUCUGGAAAUGCUCUGAACUGGUUCUCCUCCUACCUCUCCAAUAGGAAGCAAUACAUCACGAUUGGAGAGUCCAGAUCGGAGGAGUCUACAGUCACAUGCAGUGUCCCGCAGGGGUCCUUUUUGAGGCCUAUUCUAUUCCUAAUCUACAUGCUCCCUCUCAGCCAAAUCCUCAGAGACUAUAACAUCAAUUUCCACUGCUGCACUGACGAUACCCAAGUAUAUAUUUACAUCAAUCCGGACACCAUCUCAGCCCUAGCAAAACUUGGCAGCUGCCUAGAUGACAUCAAGGCACGGAUUAAAGAUAACUUCCUCCAGCUGAACAGCAGCAAGACUGAGGCUGUGCUUAUUGGGACACCCAAGCAGGUCACCAGUGCUGGAAACAUCUGCCCUACUAGUGACGGUCAAGUCAUCCAUCUGUCCUCUGUCAUCUCUAACCUGGGAGUUAAGUUUGAUCCUUCUCGGUCCUUUGAUGCCCAUAUAAAACAUAUCUGCAAAACAUAGUUUUUCCAUCUAAGAAACAUUGCCCGGCUCAAACCAUCGCUCUCCCAGCCAGAUGCAGAGACACUCGUCCAUGCCUUCAUCUUCUCCCGGAUCAACUACGGCAAUGCUCUGUUCGGGGGCCUUUCAACCAAAUCACUUCAGAGGCUACAACUUCUCCAGAAGAGUCCUGCCAGGACCAAGAAGUCAGCCCACAUCACCCCCAUCCUUGCUGAACUCCACUGGCUACCGGUCGACCAUAGGAUUUACUUUAAAAUCCUCAACCUAGUGUUUAAAGCCUUGAAUGGAUUGACUCCCACCUACAUCAGCGACCUCAUUUCUAUCAAUGAGCCACCUCGCGCUCUCCGCUCCAGCAACUCACCACUGCUUCAGGUCCCUAAGACACGUCUCCGUACUAUGGGGGAGCCUUCUGCUCCUUUGCCCCUCGUCUAUGGAAUGCUCUCCCUGACCAUUUGAGAGCCGCUCCGUCAAUCUGAACUUUUAAAACGGGUCUUUAAACACAUUUCUACAGACUGUCUUUCUUAUAGUCCUAAUCUGGAAAGUUAUUUUAGCAACUAGCCUACUAUUGCUAUUUCCUGCCUUGAUUCUAAAUGUAUGAUGUUUUUAUUGUAAUUUGUAUUUUAUUAUCAUUAUUAUUUUUGCCUAUGUAGAGCUUUGAGAGAACACUGUAAUGAAAAGCGCUAUACAAAUUAAAUGUAUUAUUAUUAUUAUUCUGUAAUACAGUGUAUAAAGUGUUGAGGAUGGUACAGUAUGAAUCUGAUUACCUCUGUUUUGGUCCACCUCCAGAUGAUGCAUUCUUACUCAUGGGGCUCAACAUAGCAGAUCUAUAUCCAGACACUACACAUUUUAUAACAUACGAAGGCUCCAUGACUACCCCACCCUGCUUUGAGACAGCCACUUGGAUCCUCAUGAACAAACCUGUGUACGUCACACAGAUGCAGGUAACUCACUCUCUAUCAUAGACUCAAUAAUAACAUGAACUCAUGUUAGUCAGAAGUUACUCAAUAGUUGGCAGUAUUUGAGACUGUGUAGAUUCUUUACCAUAAAGCUUAUCUGUCCAUCUUUCCCUCUUUCUCUCACUCCAUCUCUUUAGAUGCAUUCUCUGCGACUGCUCAGUCAGAAUGAGCCGUAUAAGAUAUUCCUCAGUAUGAGUGACAACACGAGGCCCGCCCAGCCUCUCCUACAGCGCUGUAUCCGCACCAACAUCAACUUCAGCAAGCAGGGCCGGGACUGCCCCAACAACCGUGCCCUGAGGCCCCAGUAUCGAGGUGUGUGUGAAUGUAUGUGUUUAGGAGCUUUAUUCAAUUAACACAGAUACUUGAAACUUUCCGGGUAUGGUAAAAUGCAGGUAUUGGUAAAAACAGACAGUGAGAAAGAAGUUUGUCAUAAUAAUAUAAACUGCACAUACUGUAUUCUGAAACCGGUUUGUGUUUUUAGAAAUCCAAUAUACUGUUUUCCUGGCACACGUUAGGUCCCUUGAUGCCAAUUGAUCAAUGUUUCCAUGCCCCAAAGAAUUCAGGCUGUUCUGGAAGCAUAGUGGGGUCUGACCCAGUACUAGAUGGGUGUACCUAAUAAACUGGCCUGAGUGUAUGUUGGCUCAGUCUUCUAUAGUUCUGAGAUGUCUGUAGAGAACUGCCUCGUCCCUCAAAAUUAACAGGUUCUUUGUAGGUUCUAAGUCUCAAGCAUUUUCUUUGUGUUUCCAGUUCAAGCAGUUCAUUCUAACCUCCACAUCUCUUUGUUCUCUUUCCAGUAAACCAGUGGCUUCUGAAGUAA